UGGCACUUCGUCAUCUCUCCAGCGAACCAGGUUCCUUACGUGCCGGGAACAAAGAGCUUGACGAGACAUGAGGCACAGUAUAUGACCUGUGGAAUACUACAAGCCAAGUCUGAUGAUCACCAUGCCACCGAGAAACAAGCAUUUUCACUGCCACUCGCGGGAACCUUUCAAAGAUGAAAAGUUGGCGCUGGAACACGCUGAGGGGCCUCUCGGCUUCCUCAAUCCAACAAGAGCCCAUUUUCAUUAUCCUGUGCCAUCAGGAUCAGAUAAGCACCUAGCGAAGGGUGAUGAGAGCGAAAACAGUGAUGUCAAUGGCUAUGGUGACCACAACCCCGAACAGCCAAAUGAGCAACAAGAUGACGAACCUGCCAAAAAUGUAAAAUUCUUGUGGCGCUCUCGCGAUAACAGAAAGGGCCGACACGCACUGCUGGUUCAGCGACCUGAGGCGGGGCAAGAUGCCCCUUUCCUGGUGCCACGGAAAACGUCACACUACAAGGAGAUACUCAAGGUUAUAUGGUUGACCUUCACAUAUUUCCCCUUAUGGGAUAUCUCAUGGCUUGUGGCAUUCAUCUUCACGCUCGGUAGUGUGGUUUGGGUGCUGAACGGUUUCUUUGUCUGGCUGCCGGUAGUCGCACCUUCAACAGAGUUUCCUAACGAGAUCUAUGUCGGAGGUGGUGUUACAGCAUUUCUAGGAGCGAUCAUAUUUUUCGAAUUUGGCUCCAUUCUCUUGUUCUUUGAAGCAGUCAAUUCCAACAAUUCAGGCUGCUUUGGCUGGGCAGUUGAACAGCUUGCGGAAGAAAAGGACGGUGGCCAACCCAAAUUCCAAUUCAGCGCGAACCUCGACCACUGUCGCCACCACCACCAGAACCGACGAAACUUCGUUGGCAAAAGCUCGUACCGGUUGGCGGAAGAGGCCCAACUGAAAGCGCAAACCACCAAAGAUGGCAAAAGCUGGAUAUGGUUUCCAUCCUGGCACGACCUCCGCACGCACUACCUCCAUGAACUAGGCUUUCUCGCGGGUAUAGCUCAGUUGACUGGUGCGACUAUCUUCGGUGUUGCAGGAUUCACCGCUCUACCGGGCAUCCAGAACCAUCUGACCCCUCAAUGGAGACUUAACGCCGCAUACUGGAUCCCGCAAGUUAUUGGAGGCACUGGCUUCAUUGUUUCCAGCACAUUGUAUAUGCUCGAGACGCAGCAAAAGUGGUGGAAACCUGCAUUGAAGGUCUUGGGAUGGCACAUUGGGUUCUGGAAUCUUAUUGGGGCUCUUGGUUUCACACUGUCUGGUGCACUGGGAAUGGCGUAUGGCAACUCAGGUGCACAAUACGAGGCCGGUUUGGCCACUUUCUGGGGCUCCUGGGCCUUCUUGAUUGGGAGUUACAUUCAACUUUACGAAAGUUUGGAUACACAUCCAGUGGAGGAAGUGUCAUCCGCCGAGGAUUUUAACAGGACUCAAUAGUGUACAGCACUUUUGGGGCGUUGAAACUGUACAUUAGUGUUGAUUCCUGGAAAACAAAAAUGGCUAAGUAAUAAAGGGGGACGCGUUUGAUGUCUAAAAGUCCAGUUUUAUUGGGAGGAUGCAUGAUUAUUUGCGCUUGAAAUUCGGAAUUCAGCUGGCUUGAAUUCGUCUCAAUGUCUUCAUAUUGAGUCUUCAUCGGAAGGUAUACAUACGUAAUUUCUCACAUUUCUAAGCCAAGGUGAAGAUCACCUAGUUCGACAUCUUAUUCUCCUCG